AUGGAGUUGGCGGAGACCGAGGCCAAGGCUGCAGCCAUAGAGUCCCUGGCCCAGUUGGCAAACAUCCUGGAGCCUAUAGGCCUGCAGGAGGAGGCGGAGGUGCCUGGACAGGUCCUGGCUGAGUUUGUGAUGAAUUUCCGAAAGAAGGACAAGCUGCUCUGCAGCCAUCUUCAGGUAGUGGACUUCCUGCAGAACUUUUUGGCUCAGGAGGACAUUGUCCAGGGCCUGGGCCCCUUGGCUUCUGAAGACAGGAGCCAACAGAAGGCAAUUGCAGCCAAGGAGCAAUGGAAAGAGCUGAAGGCUACCUACCAAGAACAUGUGGAGGCCAUCUCAAGGGCCCUGAUCCAGGCCCUGCCCAAGAUGGAGGAGGCCCAAAGGAAGCAGGCACAGCUCCGGGAGGCCCUUGAGCAGCUCCAGGCCAAGAAGCAAGUAGCCAUGGAGAAACACAGAACAGCCCAGAAGCAGUGGAAGCUGCAACUGGAGAAGCGUCUACAGCACUUAGCAGAAGUUUCUGCAGAGGUGAGGCAGCGUCAGGCAGGAACUCAGCAGAAGCUUGAGCAGCUGUGUCAGGAACUUAGAACCUUGAAGCAGCAAGCAGGGCAGGAGCGGGACAAGCUGCAGAGGCACCAGACCUUCCUUCAACUGCGAUACACCUUGCAAGGUAAGCUGCGACCCCUUGAGACAGAGGCAGAGCUACCACAAGACUUGGACCUUCCUGAGGCUAAGUCCCAGCUGCUGACCCAAUCCCGGGAGCAGACCAGAGGGGAUACCGUGGGAAGAGAUGGAAGUGUGUCCUCCAAGGAUGCAGACUCACCUGUGUGGAUUCCAGAUCUAUCAUCCAUAUCAGCCGACCUGGAGGGCACAGCUGACUCCUCCCCGGACGCCGACACCACCAUCAAGCGCGGCCCUGAUGGACCCUUUGAUCCAGCCCUUCAACGCGCUGAUGCUUCGGGAAGCCUGUUGCCAAUGACGCUGCCCGCUAGCCAGAUCAAUAAAGACAACAAAACCACUGACUUGAGGACAGCUGAAAUCCCUUGA